AGCCAGUGUGACACCCUCACCCCCAGGUGACAUUACUGACAGGGAACAGGUGUUCCUAUUGAUUGCCCGCUCACCCCCGCCAGACAUCAAUGCGCUUGCCCAUAAACCCUGCUGUCACACCGUAAAUCUCUCACACACCCGGGUGUUUCAGGAAUAGCUUCCCCUUGCAGUUGUUUUUGUUGUAGGAAAAGCUGCUAUUUAAGCUGUGGCUGUUAAUUGUUCCUCCCUCUGUGGGCUGCAGCCCUGCCUGUCUCUGGGCUCGCACAUAAUGAGGCAUGUGAUUAGUGCCUGGCUGCCCCAGCAGCAGCAGGAGGAGGCGGCUCCGGGAUUUGCAUGGGCUGAAGGCUGCUGAUUAUUUUUAGCUAGUGCGGCUCAGAUCACGUUGCGCACACAGGCAAGGGGACACUCACUCGGUACUGCGGACCCGCCGCACAGACACAGCCGCUAACAGCGCAUCUCCCGAUCGGCACAGCUUGCUCCCUGCCUGGCUAUGGCCAGCUCCGCCACACUGCAAGGGGAAGAGAUCCCCCCGCCCCAGGAGUCUCCCCCAGACACGGCUUGCAGGGAGGCACAGAAGUGGAUUGAGCAAGUUACUGGCAAAAGCUUUGGCGACAAAGACUUCAGGACUGGACUGGAGAAUGGAAUCCUUCUGUGCGAGUUAUUAAAUGCUAUUAAACCAGGACUCGUAAAAAAGAUCAACAGACUUCCUACUCCCAUUGCUGGAUUGGACAAUAUAACAUUAUUCCUUAGAGGCUGCAAAGAGCUCGGGCUGAAAGAAUCUCAGUUGUUUGACCCAGGUGACCUACAGGACACAGCAAACAGGACAACAGCCAGGAAUUCAGAUUGCAACAGAAAACUAAGAAAUGUACUAAUCACCGUGUACUGGCUGGGGAAAGCUGCAAGCAGCUGCUCGUCCUAUAGUGGCAACAACCUGGACUUAAAGGAGUUUGAGGGAUUGCUGGCACAAAUGAGAAAAGAAAAUGAGGAAAUAGAGAGUCCAAAACGCAGCAUACGGGACAGUGGCUACAUAGAUUGUUGGGACUCUGAGAGAAGUGACUCCCUUUCUCCUCCCAGACAUGGUAGAGAUGACUCCUUCGAUAGUUUAGACUCAUUUGGAUCUAGAUCACAACAGACACCAUCUCCAGAUGUAGUGCUGAGGGGAAGCAGCGACGGCAGAGGAAGCGACUCUGAGUCUGACCUACCUCACAGAAGGUUACCUGAUGUGCGAAAAGAUGAUAUGUCUGCUAGACGGGUAUCCUACGGUGAAAACAAAGCAUUUGUGCCUUUCAACCAAUACCUCCCCAACAAGAGCAACCAGACCUCCUACAUCCCGGCACCCCUGAGGAAGAAGAAGGCUGAGCGUGAGGACUACCGGAAAAGCUGGAGCACAGCUACAUCCCCCCUGGGGGGAGAGCGACCCUUCAGUCCCAAACAAAGUCCAGUCAUUAAAGAAGAACAAAACGAGUUGCAGUGUGAAGGAGAAGGGACCAAGCAGAUGAUUGCCUUAAAAGAACCUUGCCUUGGAGCAGAAAAUAGGAGUGAGAGAGUUGGUGAAAGUGAAGGGGGUGUCAUGGGACAAUCAUCUGCUAAUGAUGACAUUCCAAAAGAUGCAGAGGAAGUGAGAAAGCGCAAGCACCUUCAGAAAGCGGGUAUCAAGGUCUUGCCCGCAACAAAGCGCUACAGCAGUCCAAGUCAAUUUGCUGAAGACAUUGAUGGCGCUCCAGACAUUGUGCUGCGAAAAGAGAACACCUUCCUGAAGUCAUAUGAAGGGAUGGGCUCUGAUUCCGAAGAAGAAGAAGAGUGCAAAGUACCUGAUAUACAGCGAGAUGACUUGGCCACAAGGCGUGCAAGGAUGAACCAACCAAAAAGCCCAAUGCAGUUUAAUCAGUAUAUACAGGGGUCAUACUUAAACAAAAACAGAGCAUCAAGAAAGCUGAACAGUUCUAAGACUUCCACUCCAGCUUCUCCAAAAAUGUCUCAAGAUAUCAGGGAGUACCAAGGCCCCCAGUUAUUAAAGCCAUCACACGUCUGCAAAGAAAAGACAUUUCCAAUACCCUCAGACAAUAAAGAGGAUGCAGAAGCAGAGCAAGAAAAAGUUCCCGACAUUCAGAAAGACGACCUGGCGAAACGCAAAGCUAAAGCUUCAGUUUCACUGCCAAAGGAACCAUCGGCCUUUGCAGCGGUUUCAAUUACAAAGGCCGACAUGGAAACUUGGCAGAGGCUUCGAAUGUCUUCUGAAGAUAGUGAGCACUUGAAUGACAGGCAGGCUGACCAGCAAGAGCAAACAUCCAAGAUUGAUGUGACUAGAGCGACAAAUGAUGACUUUGGGAGGAGGAAAUUGUCUCUGCAAGAGAAAAGGGCUCGAAACAAACAGAAGUUUGUACGCUUUGGCCCAGUGACUGAAAUUGAUCAGCAGAAGUGGGAUAGGCUUUGUAUAGCCAAGGCUGAAUCUGGCCAGGAAAGUGAAGAGAUGAAGGGCAGCAUUACGUCUGAUGAAACUGCCAGCCACAUAUCUCCCUCAGCUUCUGCUCAGCGCUCCCAACCCCAGGAGGAUGUUGGCACAGGGCCAGUCUUGCCACAUGAGUCAAGAUCUUUUACACCAGAGAGAUUGGUUUCACCUGCUCCUCCUGAAAAUGAAAGUGAAAUUCAGCUCCUAGAAACACAGCAAGAUGACAUGAUGGCAAGGAGAACAGGUACAUUCCAAAAAUGCGCCAGAACCAGCAGAGACUCUCCUGUGUCCCACCAAUAUGCACUCCAUAGCCAACAACACGAAGAGAAGUCUGACUCGCUGGAACUCGAAGAGAAACAAGGACUCUUUCUGGAUGUUAACCCACAACUGAGAAAAUUACUGCUGUCGGACUUGGCAAAUACUAGUUCAAAAGCAACUAGCCCUACUUUGGGGAGCAAGUCUCUGAAAGUCACCAAAGAAGCUGAAGAUGUAAAAAAUGACAUGAAAGAAGGUGCCUUGAACACAGGAAAGGAUCCAAACUCUGUUAUCCCAGAGGAUAACACAAUUGCACCAGACCCAGAAAAAGAUGACAUGAUGACAAGAAAAAUCUCAGUGAGCCAGAAGCCAUCUUGCGUCAGCCUUGGACACUUCCUUCCUGUUCCUUUUUCUUUGCAGCGCAGAGAGGGGGAAAAGAAACCAACAAGCUGCAUCAUAUCAAGCACCAAAAAGUCCAAAAAUGCAUCCAAAGCUGUUCCAGCCGACAUUUCUGAUGUUCCUUCUAAGCCCCUUGACCAGAAAGAAACAAAAGAACAUGGUGAAUUAGGAGAUACGACUUGCAAGCAAGCCUCCAAUAGUGUGGAGACUCCCAUGUGUACAGAGUUAGACAGCCAGCAACAGGAUGGUCUUGAGAGGAGAAUGAUACUGUCUACUGACUUGGCCAAUACUGAGUUAAAAAUAACUCCUCCUACUUUGGCCAACAACUCUCCAACCAUAACAAAAGUACAAGAGCCAGAUGCAACCAUCUCAGAGGACAAUACAACUGCACCAAACCCUGAAAAAGAUGAUAUGAUGACCAGAAGAAUCUCUGUAACCCAGAAACCAUCGUGUGUAGGUCUUGGCCACUUCCUUCCAGUUCCAUUUUCUUUGCAGCAAAAAGUUGAGGAAAAGAAAUCAACGAGCUCCACUCUAUCGAUCAAAAUAAAGUCAGAUAAUUGCACCCAAGCACUUGCAGUCGGCAGUUCUGACCUUCCUUGUAAGCUCCUCGGCCAAUGUGAAACAGAGGGACAUGUUGAAUUACGAUCCGAUGUGACUUGCGAUCAAACCUCCACUGAGAUCAUUAGUGAUGGGAUUCCCACUGGUAAAGGGUUAGAUACCCAGGCAGAAGACGCUCUUGAGACAUGUGACCAUGAGUUAUUCAGAUUCAGCCCAAGAUCUGUUCUGUCUGAUGAUGGAGAGAGCAUGAGCAUGUGCGACAUGAGGUACGAAGAAGAGGGAAGUAUGCAGCCUCACAGCAGGGCACACUAUGAGCAUCUACAGCAUGUCAACAGCUUGCUCAAGGAGGAGGAUGACACAUGGCAAGAUGACCUAGCUAAGUGGAAGACACGGAGAAGAAGUGCAUCACAGGAUCUGAUCAAAAAAGAGGAACAGAGGAAGAAGAUGGAGAGAAUGAUGAGCGGAGAGGAUGAACUGUCGGAGCGUAGGAAAAGCAUAAAAACAUAUAGAGAGAUUGUGGAAGAAAAAGAACGUCGAGAGAAAGAACUGCAUGAAGCCUACAAAAAUGCCAAGUCAAGAGAUGAGGCUGAACACAUAUUACAGAGCUACAUUGAAAAGUUUACAAUUAGUGAAGCUGUUCUUGAGGGAUUAGUAAUGCCAAAAAUCUUAGAAAGAAGCCAGUCGGUGGAGCCAAGUUUAUUGUCUUCAUCAGAGGACCCAAACAUCCUGAAAUACCUGAGGCAACAGUCUUUACCAUCACCAAAAUACACUUCCACUGUUGAAGCAACUGUCUCCCCCAGCAGCCCAUGUGAAGCAAAAAGUCCAACAGGUCUGAUAUCACCAAGCAAAAACAUUAUCUCAAAGACUGUGCCUAUGCUAACAGCCAAGCCUUACUCCCAGCCCAAAAACACCCAGGAAGUCCUCAAGACAUUUAAGGUAGAUGGAAAGGUAAACCUCAACGGGGUAGAAGAGCAGAAAGAAGAGGAACAUGGAAACCAGACAUUUGCCCCAUCACUCACCCGAUCUCAGAUGUUUGAAGGUGUAGCCAGAGUUGAUGUUCCUGUUGUUGAAAUAAAGCAAGACGUAACUUCCAUAGAGCUUAAUCUGGCCAGACCAAACACCCUGAAUUCCUUACAAGAACCCAAAAGUCUCUGCGAAGACAGAAAUCACAUAAGCCAGGAGGAUGAGUCAGAUUCUCUGGUGCAAUUAGAAAGAGCUCACUCCGUGGAAAUAUUGUCAGAAGGUAACACCCAAUCAAGCAAUGCAACCCAGGAUGUACCUGUUGUGAGCAGUAUAGAGAUUCCACCAUUGACCAUCAAUGGAAAGGACACUGUGGAUGAGAGGAAAGUGGAAGCUGCCGAGUUGAUCAUGCAUUGGUCCCUGGAGCCGAAUCAUAAGGAAGCCAAAGAAAAUUCUUUAUCGCCUUUAAAAACUUCUGAAAAUUUAGAAGAAUCCUUGCAGUUUAAAGAGAAUGAAUCAUCACACAAAGUGCAGCUAAACAUUACGCUUCAGAGCCGGAACGCCUGGAGACGCUCCCAGUUUUUUUUGCAGCCAGUGGAUACAGAAUGUACAGAAAAUUCACCAGCACUUGUACCCAGUUUGAAUUCUCCUAACCGAUUCUGCACAUGGGACCCUGAAGAAGAACGCAAACGGCAAGAAAAAUGGCAGCAGGAGCAGGAAAGGCUUCUCCAGGAGAGGUACCAGAGAGAGCAGGAAAAACUUAAAGAAGAAUGGGAAAAAGCUCAGAAAGAAGUAGAAGAGGAGGAAAGGAAAUAUUAUGAGGAGGAAAGAAAGAUAAUUGAAGACACUGUGGUCCCACUGACUUUGUCUCCAAAUUCUAAUGCACAGUUUAAUAUCUCUGAAAGAAAUGGGAACUUCAUUCCAGCACUUACAGAACAUGUCAAGAGAGAUCAAGAAAAUAACAAUGAAAAGCUCUUGACAGAGUCCAGCAGAACGAUAAAGAAUGAGACACAUAUGCACAGCAAUGUAACACAGCAACUGCUUUUGCAUACACAGGAGGGGUCAAUUCUUGGUGCUAAAGAGAAACAAAUAAAGGGAAAAACAGACAAGUGGGAAGCAGAACAGUCCAUCUGUAUUAUGGACCGAGAGGAGCUGAGCAACCAUGUGCAGUCUAAUGAAUGUAAUACACCCACUAGGUUACCCUUGCAGGCAGGAUGUAAACAAGUGACGUCAUCAGAGUCAAGUCUGCCUGGGGAUCUUGGAUCACCAAAAAAUCCUAUCACUGAAAAAGAUGCUAUUCAGAAUAUGUCGUCCAUAAUACCCACACGGGGAACUGAUUUCAAGGAAGAUACAAUGAAUUCUUCACAGUCCUCUACAUCACAGUGCCAGUCACCAAACAGGUCUGUUAGUGGGAAAAAACUGUGCUCCACAUGUGGACUUCCUCUAGGCAAGGGAGCUGCCAUGAUAAUUGAAACCCUCAGUCUUUAUUUCCACAUCCAGUGCUUCAAGUGUGGACUGUGUAAGGGACAACUUGGGGAUGCGAUCACCGGCACAGACGUCAGAAUUCGAAAUGGCCUACUGAACUGCAAUGACUGUUACAUGAAGUCUAGAAGUAAGGCGGCUGGCCACCCCACCCCUUUGUGAUUCUCCCUGAAGCUAUGAAGAACGUGUAAAGAAGAUGACCCCGCAGUACUGUGUGGGCUGAUUGCAGACAAUCACGUGUAAAAGCAGAUCCCUGCAGCACUUGUACCACUCAUCUCAUCUUCUGACAAAAACUGUUUGACGCUUGCCGGCCAAUGAAACUUUUGGCUUUACAUUUCAAUUGCAGGAUUUUAUUUGCAUAGCAGUGCUGAUAGAUCCUGCAUUAUAUUUGCCAAGAGGCCGGACCCCCUGGCUUCCGCUGUUCCAUGGCCGCAAAUGGAGGGACUGUAUUACAAGAUAGACGUUGGACACUGUGCUUACUGAACUGUACACUACAUGCUCUCAUGUGCCUAUUCAAUUUAACAUAAAGAAAAAAUAAAGGUGCAAAGUAUAUUUUAUUUGGUUUAUAACCAUAGGGCUGUGCAAAUCUAAGCAUAACAAAGGCAAAAACAAGUAAUUGUAAGUUUUUGGCACUGCUGGUUUUUUUUUUUUUUUGGGAAGUGUCAUUGCUUUGGCCAGAUAAUGUUGACUAAUGUGUAUCCAGUGUGUGAUUGCAGCUUUACUCUUCAUGCAGAUAAUAAAGCUUGGUCCAAGAUUCUGUUUCAGUUUGGGCCACAAAAUAACAGCUUUCUCUAUAAUUGGAUCUAGAACAGCCAUCGAUUUGUAAGUUGAGAUGAGGAAUUCUGAUCAGAAGCUUAAUGGUAGAAAUUAUGUAGCACUACAGGCUUUGACUGUUAUAGUAUGUAUUUGGUUUUUGUCCAGACAAUGUAGAAUUUGUACGUUCUGGGACAGUAAUGGAUAGAUGGUGUGUCUGUCUGGCUCUGUAGCACACAAGGGGCCAUAUUUCUAGCGAUGACAAUGGCAGCAUAUAAAGAGAACCUCUAACCAUUGCUGUGGCACAGACCGCUUGUAUAUUUACACUGAAGCACCGAGUCCGACAAUAGUGCGGACACCUUCAGAUGCCAAACAUAGAUCUAGUUCUACAUUAAGAUCUACAGGUGUUUGUUGGGAAGGGGGCAUGUUAGACUCUAUAUUGUGUUACCUUUUGGUAGCGUAUAUAAAAAAGAUUGUUUUGACUGAUCUUCAGUGUGCCCAUGUGUAUGGUCAUUAAAGUUAAAUGGGCUUUGCACAGGCUAUAUUCACACUACAUUUGCAGUAAUUUUGUUUAUCUAAUGUAUGUGCACUAUAAGUGAUGUGGGGACUGGGAAAUGGUGUUGCGAGUAGCCACCCUGCAACGAAAAAACAUCCUAAAUCUGCAUAGGGAAACACAAGGUGCAUGCUUCUUAAGGGGCCUCUUGUAAUAUUUAUUGAGUAUAUUUUGUAAAUCACACCAGUCUUGUUAGCUCUAACCUGUUUGAAAUACACAGCACCAUGCUUUCUUGCAAUUCUGGUGUAGGCUGAAGACCGUAACAUUUGACAGGAGUUGAUCACUUUAAUAGGUAAAUACAGAGCCUUAGAACUACUUGGUGUAGUUUCUCAUUUCUGAUUUAGGGAAUAAAACCUGUAGUUUGGACAUGUUCUCAACCCAGGCAGGGGAUACAACUUACAUAUGGAAAUGCAGGUUUUGGAGCCUUGCUUGUAAAUAGAAACCACAGGGUGUGACUGAAAGGAGAGAACAGAACCCAUAGUCUGGAACUGUAUUUUCUGCAGCUUUGGUGAGGAAUAGGAUCUGUUGUGUAGGACUUGGAGGUUCUAGAACCCACAGGGGUAAUCCAGAGGAGUUUUAUUUCAAACCCUAUGUACCAGAUGGUCUUUGAGAAACACUGCUGAGAAUUCAGAGUGGAGGUGGUUAGACGUGCCAGUUGGGAGAAAUACUGCCUUUCCAUAACUAAGGACAAAUUGCUCUUUAAUGCAACAUUUGGGGAAGUUGUUCCUCACUAACACAAGUGUCUUGUGGCACAGCAGGAAGUCUGGGUUUAAGGGGUUAAAAUGCGUAUAAUCGGGCAUGUCCAAACUGAGACAUCCCUCAUUAUCCCAGUUAAACAUACAACUUCCUGUACUGCUGACAGCAAAUGGCUGUGGGUGGGCGAUGCUUGAAUAGUUGCAAUAACUCAUGGGUCCAAGGUUGGGCAUGCUUGUUGUAUGUAUGGAAAAAUAUUUAAUAAUUGUUAGCUAACAGAGCUGGUCCUCCUUGCUUCUUUAAGCAUCCUCCAUUAUGCUACUAGUUACAUUGGGCACCCAGGGCUCCUGACUGGAGGCUUGAUUUGCCUAACCUAAUAUUAGUGUAUGAAUUUCAUCCCUCACCUCCUCCCCCUGUUUCUGUGGACUAGAACUCGAUGGCUAACCGAGGGUGCUGGGAAUUGAAUUUCCCACAAGUGAUAAGUGCCACAGGUUUGGGAAUGCCUGCCUUGGUGUGUAUCAGACGUAGUACCAUGUCUGUUUGACCUGUGUGCUUGUAAAAGGAAAACAAAACCUAUAUAUUUUGCUGUUGUGUAAGCAAUAAUAUUUUUCUAUGUCUUCUUAAGUUAGAAACUAUUUAUUUAGGCCCUUGUUUGGUGUUUCUUGCAUGUAUUAAGCGCUAAAUGUGACCCUGUAUCAUUUGAUGGCCUGCUUCUGGUGUAGCCGCAUAUUUCACUACAACUGAUGUAAACUACAACAUUGAAACAGUGCCUUAUUCACAAAGCUGUUGCAAACAGUCAUAGGUGAGAGUUUUUAUAUAGCAUCUACAAACAAAACAGCAUUUCCUUUACGUGCCAGAGAGUCUUUCCAACCUGCUUCAUUGACUUUGGCGCCCUCUCUGGCCCUUAAAGAGAUUGCGAGUCUCAUGUCCAUUUUCAGCUCUGUAAAUUUCAUCAGAUUUGGUCAUUUGUGUCUUUGAGUGCUUUUGCAGAGUUGCUGGCAUGCUUCUUGUUCCUGUGACUGUCAUGUUUACACUUCGCAUGGUGUCUGCAACAAUAUGAAACUUUAUUCAGACAUUGCACAAAACAUGCACAAUUUGUAAGAGCAUUUUAUAACAAGCAGGUGCUUUUCUUACCUGGUUUCGGAAUCAUCUGUAUAUAACCGUAUGCUUUAGUAAACUCAUAACCCAUCCAUACCUUUGUCCGAUGGGGUUUGAUAUUUGUAUGUACAUUAACCAAAGUCAGCUGUUUGUGGUUUUUACAGAACACGUCAGAAUUUAGCUGAUACAGUCUAGGCACCAGCACAAAUAGUCCAAAAAGACCUACGUGCAGUGGAUCUGAUGAGGACAUUGUGGAUCUAUUUCCAACAAAUACACUGCUUAUAUGGCUUAAUCAGUCCCUAAGAGCCAUGUGGGCUGAACCGAACAAUUUAGAGAUGCGAGCACGUGGCACAACGUGUGUCAGCCCAGUAGCCACGGGAGCUGCUGACUGCAACAUACAGCAACACAGGGCUCAAGUCCACUCAUGCUGUGUGAGGAUUCAGCUCUAAUUAGAAUAACAGAGCUAACCUCUUUAAGCAUGAAGGACAAUCCUCUUCCGACGUAGUGAAUAGAGGCCAUUAUGUGAUGGCAUUACACCGUGUUCCAGUCUUCAGUCUAUUGUUGGCCUCUGUGACAGUGAACCAAUAACAAUGUUAGGCUAAUCUUGUUAUUGCAGUUCGAGAGAGAACUAAUCUCUAAAUGUCCCACAGAGUGUAAGAUGUGUCUAACCGGACAUGUUCUCCUAUUACUUCACCCCUUUGUUUAUCCGCGUGUAUUGUAGGGUUAUGUGAUUUGGUACGGCGCAUUCUGGCUUAACACGAGAACACAUUCUCCUGUUCUCUGUGAUUCUAAUGUUCCACCCAAGCGUCACUUAACUGUUACCCAUUGUAUUUAUUCUAAAAUGCCUCUGGAAAAUAGGAAAAUGUUCUUGAUGCAACAGCUUUUAUAGUAAAUGUAUGUUUAUAAAUAAAAUAUUGGACAAAC